CCGCCGCACUGACAGCUCGGGCUGCGGACCAUGGAGACCGGCGCCGGCGCGCGGCCGCUGCGCCUGCUCGGCUGCCUGAUGCCUCUCUGUCUGGCGUUGCUUUUGGGACCGGGGAGGCCCGGGACGGCCGAGGAAGUCGUCCUCCUGGAUUCCAAAGCCUCCCAGGCUGAGCUGGGCUGGACUGCACUGCCAAGUAACGGGUGGGAGGAGAUCAGCGGCGUGGACGAGCAUGACCGUCCCAUCCGCACGUAUCAGGUGUGCAACGUGCUGGAGCCCAACCAGGACAACUGGUUGCAAACGGGCUGGAUCAGCCGCGGCCGCGGGCAGCGCAUCUUCGUGGAGCUGCAGUUCACGCUGCGCGACUGCAGCAGCAUCCCGGGCGCCGCCGGCACCUGCAAGGAGACUUUCAACGUGUACUACCUGGAGACAGAGGCCGACCUGGGCCGGGGGCGGCCUCCCCGGGGCAGCCGGGCCCGCAAGAUUGACACAAUCGCUGCGGACGAGAGCUUCACGCAGGGCGACCUGGGCGAGCGCAAGAUGAAGCUGAACACGGAGGUGCGCGAGGUCGGUCCGCUCAGCCGGCGGGGUUUCCACCUGGCCUUCCAGGACGUGGGCGCGUGCGUGGCGCUGGUCUCGGUGCGCGUCUACUACAAGCAGUGCCGCGCCACGGUGCGGGGCCUGGCGGCGUUCCCAGCCACCGCGGCCGAGAGCGCCUUCUCCACGCUGGUGGAGGUGACGGGAACGUGCGUGGCGCACUCGGAAGGCGAGCCGGGCAGCCCCCCGCGCAUGCACUGUGGCGCCGACGGUGAGUGGCUGGUGCCCGUGGGCCGCUGCAGCUGCAGUGCGGGAUUCCAGGAACGUGGUGACAUCUGUGAAGCCUGUCCCCCAGGCUUCUACAAGCUGUCCUCGCGCCGUCCGCUCUGCUCCCCGUGCCCCGAGCACAGCCGCGCCCUGGAAAACGCCUCCACGUUCUGCGUGUGCCAGGACAGCUACGCGCGCUCGCCCACCGACCCGCCCUCGGCCUCCUGCACCCGGCCGCCGUCGGCGCCGCGGGACCUGCAGUACAGCCUGAGCCGCUCGCCGCUGGCGCUGAGGCUGCGCUGGCUGCCGCCCGCCGACUCCGGGGGCCGCUCGGACGUCACGUACUCGCUGCUGUGCCUGCGCUGCGGCCGCGAGGGCCCGGGGGGCGCGUGCGAGCCGUGCGGGCCGCGGGUGGCCUUCGUGCCGCGCCAGGCCGGGCUGCGGGAGCGCGCCGCCACGCUGCUCCACCUGCGGCCCGGGGCGCGCUACACCGUGCGGGUGGCGGCGCUCAACGGUGUGUCGGGCCCGGCGGCCGCCGCGGGAGCCACGUACGCGCAGGUCACGGUGUCCACCGGGCCCGGGGCGCCCUGGGAGGAGGAUGAGAUCCGCAGGGACCGAGUGGAGCCCCAGAGCGUGUCCCUGUCGUGGCGGGAGCCUGUCCCCGCCGGAGCCCCGGGGGCUAACGGCACCGAGUACGAGAUCCGAUACUACGAGAAGGGUCAGAGUGAACAGACUUACUCCACGGUGAAGACAGGGGCACCUGCGGUCACUGUCACCAACCUGAAGCCGGCUACCCGCUACGUCUUUCAGAUCCGGGCGGCUUCCCCGGGACCCUCCUGGGAGACCCAGAGCUUCAAUCCCUCCAUUGAAGUGCAGACCCCAGGGGAGGCUGCCUCCGGGCCCAGGGACCACAACCCUGCGGUUGUCGUCACCGUGGUGACCGUCUCAGCCCUCCUGGUCCUGGGCUCUGUGAUGAGUGUGCUGGCCAUGUGGAGAAGGCCCUGCCGCUAUGGCAAAGGAGGUCAGGAUGCCCAUGACGAGGAGGAACUGUAUUUCCACUUCAAAGUCCCGACCCGCCGCACGUUCUUAGACCCCCAGAGCUGUGGAGACCCACUGCAGGCCGUUCAUCUGUUUGCCAAGGAGCUGGAUGCAAAAACCGUCACACUGGAGAAAAGCCUAGGAGCAGGGCGCUUCGGGGAGCUGUCCUUCGGCUGCCUGCAGCUCCCCGGCCGCCAGGAGCUGCCCGUGGCCGUGCACACGCUGAGGGACGGCUGCUCUGACUCUCAGAGGCUCAGCUUCCUGGCCGAGGCCCUCACCCUGGGCCAGUUCGACCACAGCCACGUGGUGCGGCUGGAGGGUGUCAUCACCCGAGGAAGCACCUUGAUGAUUGUCACCGAGUACAUGAGCCAUGGGGCCCUGGACGGCUUCCUGCGGCGGCACGAAGGCCAGCUGGCGGCUGGGCAGCUGUUGGGCCUGCUACCCGGGCUGGCGUCGGCCAUGAAGUAUCUGUCGGAAAUGGGCUACGUCCACCGGGGCCUGGCGGCCCGCCGGGUGCUAGUCACCAGCGGCCUUAUCUGCAAGAUCUCUGGCUUUGGACGGGGCCCCCGGGACCGCGCAGAGGCUGUCUACACCACCAUGAGUGGCCGGAGCCCCGCGCUGUGGGCCGCCCCCGAGACGCUUCAGUUUGGACACUUUAGUUCUGCUAGUGACGUGUGGAGCUUUGGUGUCGUCAUGUGGGAGGUGAUGGCCUUUGGGGAGCGGCCCUACUGGGACAUGUCUGGCCAAGACGUGAUCAAGGCAGUGGAGGACGGCUUCCGGCUGCCACCCCCCAGGCACUGCCCCUCCCUGCUACACCGACUGAUGCUCGACUGCUGGCAGAAGGACCCGGGCGAGCGGCCCAGGUUCUCUCAGAUCCACAGUAUCCUGAGCAAGAUGGUGCAGGACCCAGAACCCCCAAAGUGUGCCACGGCCACCUCUCCCAGGCCUCCCACCCCACUGGCGGACCGUGCCUUCUCCACCUUUCCCUCCUUCGGCUCCGUGGGCGCGUGGCUGGACGCCCUGGACCUGGGCCGCUACAAGGACAGCUUCGCUGCAGGUGGCUACGGGAGCCUGGAGGCCGUGGCCGCGAUGGCUGCCCAGGACCUGCUGAACCUGGGCAUCUCGUCGGCGGAACAUCGAGAGGCCCUCCUCAGCGGGAUCAGCGCCCUGCGGGCACGGGUGCUCCAGCUGCAAGGCCAGGGGGUGCAGGUGUGAGCGGUGCGUCCUCGCAGCCAGGACCCCUGCCCUGACUCGGACCCCGGCAGGCUGGGCCCCAGCGGUGUGGAAGUGAGCACGCUCUCCCUGCACUGCGGCCCAGAGCUUGUUCGGGACCACGUUCCCCUCAUUUCACUGCCUAGUCUUCCCAUUUGCCCCAGUCUGAACACCUUGGCCAGAGGGGUUAAAUCCCUGGGGAGAACCCCUGAGCUACUAGCAGGAGGAGAUGCCGGGCCUCAGGGACCAAGGGGGACAGGACGGGGAGGGAAGACGUAGCUUUAAAUCACCUGGUUCGUGUUUUUCUGUCUUCCACACCCACUGGGGCCUGGGGCCCACCCCAGGGGGUGCCCCUUUUUCGCACAGACCUCUCAGCCUAUUGGCAGCAUGGGUCCCUAACAUGCUCCCAUGAGACCCAGCAGGGACCAGAGCUGCCUGGUGGCCCAUCCUGAAGGGCCUGGAGGGGCAAGGUCCUCUGCUCCCUGUGCUUGGGCUUGGCCCUGUCUGCACACUGGUGGUAAGGCCCAGGCCAAGAAGGUGGUGCUGAGCUCAGGGGCUGGACCCCAAAGGCCCUAGACUCAGGAGCUGAUUUCUGCUUCCCUUGCCCUUGGGCCGACAGCUCAGGGUGAGGGUGAGGGUCCUGGCUAGGCCAUCAUGAGGUUCUGGUGCUCCCCUGAGACCCAGCUAGGCCUCCCCUGUGCAUUCCUUUUAUAAAUUCAACUGGUUGGGGUGGGGGGAGGGGGGACAUCUGAGAGGAGCAUGAGGGGAGAUGUUUUCUCCCCGGAGAACCUGUGAGCUUUGCUCUCCAGCCUCAGGGGAUGGUGAAGAGACCCUCAGAGGUGGACCUUCUCUCUCUGACAGGCUCCAAGCCACACUGUGCAGAUAGGAAAGGGGCAGGGUGGUCAAAGAGUCAGGGCUGGGGCUGGGGUUAGAACCCAUGCCCCCCGACUCCCAGUCCGGGCCUGGGCCUGGCUCUGGAGAGCGAGAGAGUCCUUGGUCCUACCUUGUGAUGCCAACUCCCUUCCCUGAGGUAGCCCAGGGGUACUCUGAGGUGGCCGCCUCUUGCAAGCUGUCUCCUGGGCACCACUCAGCCUCCUGUGCAGCACCCUCUCCCUCUGGCUUCUGGGGGACUCUGGCAGGAGUGGCCACCCUGGGCUAACCCCAGAGUUCCUGACCCAGAAGGGCUUCCCCAAGGUGGUGGAGAUCAUGAAGCCAGGGCUCUCAUAGGACGGCAGGAAGGCAGCUGGAUCUGGCUGGGAUUCCAGGGGCUGGGUUGGACCUAUGCCGACCCUGACCUAUGCCGACCCUGGA